AUGGUGUUGGACCCGGACAUGAAUCCCAUGGGUCUUCCAAUCUUGAAAUAUCUCAAUGAGACGCCAUCUCUUCUGCACGCCAUCCAAAGCCUGAGCGCGGCUCACGAGAACUACUACCGGCCCCAGAGUAUGGAAGAGAGUCUCCUGGAACGACAAGCCGCGCUUAGUCUCUUCCAACAAGAACUUCAUAGCUCUCAAAGACCUCCAGUUUCCGCCUUCCUGACGGUCUACACACUCGGCAUUUCUUCCCCAUGGAUCGAGAACUGUAUGGGAAAGGAACAUUUAGCAGGCGGUCGUGCCAUGAUUGAGAUAAUGCUAGCUUCAGACGGCUUGAAAGACGAACUAUCCCAGUUCGUGUUUGGCGCUUUCAUCUACUGGGACAUGGCAUGUUCGUUCCUCUUGGACCCUCAGGGGCAGCAACCUUUGAAUACACCGGAGAUAUUCAAUGGAAUCCAAUCGCUCGGAGACACAUACCAUUGUAUUGCCGGGUAUGCGAUCGAGAUGUUUUACCUGAUAGGAACCUUGGGUCGUUACUGUCGAGGCGUUAUCGACGGUCAAGAUCGAGAUCUCGUUUUAGAGGCCACCUUGGAAGAGCAAAUGAUCAGUUGGACCCCCAGGCAGGACAGCGCGAUGCUAUAUAGUAUGGCGGAUGCUUUUAGAAAGCACGCGCUCAUAAUGCUUUACCGCAUUUGCCACCGUCGAGUCAUCAGCGCUUGCAACCACGUGGACCAGGAGGCGGAUUGCACCGACGAAAUUGAGCACACCAUUUCCCGUUAUGCCUCCGACAUCGUGCACAGUCUGGGACAAAUGCCCAUCACUAAUCCUUAUCUGAACCUCCAGUCCAUCCCGCUGAUGACAGCCGGGUCCGAGUUAGGCAUGGAGAAGGUGGAGUUACGAAACGAAGUAAAACAACGUUUCAAGGCUAUCUACUCGUUAAAUCGCAUACCAGCUAACUUGAGGGCCAUCGAGUUACUGGAGGAGCUGUGGACACUUCGCGCCGCCGGAAUAAAGAUGUCAUGGCUGGCACUUCUGUUGCAGAAGAAUUGUGUUCACAAGUUCACCUUAGGAUAG